GCCGCCGCCGCCGCCGACGUGCGUGCCGCUCGGCGGAGGGGCCGGGCCUGCGCUCUCUCCUUCUUCCAACCCGCCUCCCGUUGCCGGCAGGACCCAUCUCCCGCUGCCGCUGGGACCCCGUGUCAUCGCGCGCCGCGAGCACGAUGCCCCCCAAAAAGGGAGGUGAUGGAAUUAAACCACCCCCAAUCAUUGGAAGAUUUGGAACCUCCUUGAAAAUUGGUAUUGUUGGAUUACCAAAUGUUGGGAAAUCUACCUUCUUCAAUGUACUAACCAAUAGUCAAGCUUCAGCAGAAAACUUCCCAUUCUGCACUAUUGAUCCAAAUGAGAGCAGAGUACCUGUGCCUGAUGAAAGAUUUGACUUUCUUUGCCAGUACCACAAACCAGCAAGCAAAAUUCCUGCUUUUCUAAAUGUAGUGGAUAUUGCUGGCCUUGUGAAAGGAGCUCACAAUGGGCAAGGCCUGGGAAAUGCCUUUUUAUCCCAUAUUAGUGCCUGUGAUGGAAUCUUUCAUUUAACACGUGCUUUUGAAGAUGAUGAUAUCACACAUGUUGAAGGAAGUGUAGAUCCUGUUCGAGAUAUAGAAAUAAUACAUGAAGAGCUUCAGCUUAAAGAUGAGGAAAUGAUUGGGCCCAUUAUAGAUAAACUAGAGAAAGUGGCUGUGAGAGGAGGAGAUAAAAAACUAAAACCUGAAUAUGACAUAAUGUGCAAAGUCAAAUCCUGGGUUAUAGAUCAAAAGAAACCUGUUCGAUUCUAUCAUGAUUGGAAUGACAAAGAGAUUGAAGUAUUGAAUAAACACUUAUUUCUGACUUCAAAACCAAUGGUCUACUUGGUUAAUCUUUCCGAAAAAGACUACAUUAGAAAGAAAAACAAAUGGAAAGAAGGAAACAUUUUGAAAGAUAAGUCUAUUGUGCUACUGAGUAGGUUGAUAAAAAUUAAAGAGUGGGUGGACAAGUAUGACCCAGGUGCCUUGGUCAUUCCUUUUAGUGGGGCCUUGGAACUCAGGUUGCAAGAAUUGAGUGCUGAGGAGAGACAGAAGUAUCUGGAAGCGAACAUGACACAAAGCGCUUUGCCAAAGAUCAUUAAGGCUGGGUUUGCAGCACUCCAACUAGAAUACUUUUUCACUGCAGGCCCAGAUGAAGUGCGUGCAUGGACCAUCAGGAAAGGGACGAAGGCUCCUCAAGCUGCAGGAAAGAUUCACACAGAUUUUGAAAAAGGAUUCAUUAUGGCUGAAGUAAUGAAAUACGAAGAUUUUAAAGAGGAAGGUUCUGAAAAUGCAGUCAAGGCUGCUGGAAAGUACAGACAACAAGGCAGAAAUUAUAUUGUUGAAGAUGGAGAUAUUAUCUUCUUCAAAUUUAAUACACCUCAGCAACCGAAGAAGAAAUAAAUUUUAAUUAUUGCUCAGAUAAAUGUACAACUUCCAAACGGCAUAUACUUUUUUUUUUUUUUAAUUAAAAUUUCUGAAAACUGAAAGGGCAGGUAAAGUUGGGGUGAUGGGAAUCUUCCACAAACAAUUAUUUUUAUUCGUUUUAAAAUUAAAAUACUGUGUACCUCCAAUGAGCUGCAAGUUCACUAAACGUGAACAGCUUUGCUUUUCCCGUGAUUAAGACCCUACUCCAAAUUGUAGAAGCUUUUCAGGAACCAUAUUACUCUCAUGAUACUUCAUUAAUCUCCAUCAUGUACGCCAAGCCUGACACAUUUGACAGUGAGGACAAUGUGGCUUGCUCCUUUUGAAUCUACAGAUAAUGCAUGUUUUACAGUACUCCAGAUGUCUACACUCAAUAAAACAUUUGACAAAACCA